UAUCGCGUCCUUUGACACGCUUAACCGUUUAAGAAAACGAUUUCGCCACUUUUUCGCUGACCUUUUGAUUAUUUUUACGAUGCCAAGUAUUUACAGAAAAUUCAAAAAGUUACGUCGUAGACGACACGUUCGUACUUAUUAAUUUAAUAUAUUGUGAAUUCAUUUUGAAAAUUAAGUUUGUGCCGUGUGUUCAUCCAGCUACAUUUGCUUUAUUGAUACUUUGAGUGUCAUAGGACUUUUAGUGCCUAUGCAUAUCUUGAGAAUUUGGACCGUGUUCUAGAUUACUUUAAGAACAAAUAGUUGUCUAUACAUACUUGGAUCACUUGAUAAACAUUAUGUCAGAAAUUGUCUACCCUCAAGGGUGUAGAUCUGUUACCGAGGAUCUAGGCCCAGAUGAAUUAAUUAGAAGGCUUAAGACGUUGGCUCAUACAUUACAAGCUAUGGGCCAAGAUGAAGGAAUGUAUCAACAGUAUAUUCCAUUAGCGUUGCAUUUAGCAGAAGAACACUUUUUGAUGCAUCAAAGUAAAGAUGUUCAAUUGUUAAUUGCAUGCUGUAUUGCAGAUGUAUUAAGAGUUUAUGCUCCUGAAGCACCCUAUAAAGAUGCUGAACAGGUGAAAACUAUCUUUCUGUUUUUAAUCAAACAACUAGCUGGAUUGAAAGAUCCUAAAGAUCCUGCUUUCAAAAGAUAUUUUUAUCUCCUUGAAAAUUUAGCAUACGUCAAAUCAUUUAACAUGUGUUUUGAACUCGAAGACUGUCAAGAAAUUUUCUGUGCCCUUUUCUCACUUAUGUUUAAAAUAGUUAAUGAUGAACAUUCUGGAAAAGUUAAAAGUUUUAUGUUGGAUGUCCUUUGUCCACUAAUUACAGAAUCUGAUAUUGUUAGUAAUGAACUAUUGGACAUUAUACUUAUAAACAUCGUAGAACCAAGUAAAACACAAAAAAAGAAUGCGUAUUUACUUGCUAAAGAAUUAAUAAUUAAAUGUAGCGAUACAUUGGAGUCAUACAUUCAAGGAUUUUUUAAUCACGUGCUGAUACUGGGAAAAGAAGAAAAAAGUUUACAAAUUUGUAAGAAAGUAUAUGAUUUGAUUUACGAAUUAAAUCAUAUCUGUCCAAGCGUCUUGUUGUCCGUCCUUCCACAAUUAGAAUGUAAAUUAAAAUCUGCAUCAGAAACAGAAAGAUUAGGAGCAGUAGCACUAUUGGCUAGAAUGUUUUCAGAAAAAGGCUCUCAAUUAGCUGUUCAACAUACACAAUUAUGGAGAGCAUUUUUGGGAAGAUUUAACGAUAUUAGUGUUUCCAUUCGUAUUAAGUGUGUCCAGUAUUCAAUGCAUUUUUUAUUAAAUCAUCCAGAACUUAGGAAAGACAUAACUGAUACUUUAAAAUUAAGACAACAUGACGCUGAUGAAAGUGUAAGAUACGAAGUGGUUAUGGCUAUAGUAACUACCGCUAGGAGAGAUUUUGAAGUUGUUUCCGAUAGCGAAGAUUUACUUGAAUUCGUUAAAGAAAGGACCUUGGAUAAGAAGUUUAAAAUUAGAAAAGAAGCUAUGGCAGGCCUUGCUAUGAUAUAUAAGAAACACUUGAACGAUUCUGACGUACCACAGGCUACAAAAAAAGCUGUGACAUGGAUUAAAGAUAAAAUAUUACACGGUUAUUAUAUGGCAAGCAUGGAAGAUAGAUUAUUGGUAGAGAGACUAUUAAACACAUGUUUAGUUCCAUAUCAGUUACCACCAGAAGAAAGAAUGAAAAAAUUGUAUCAUUUACUUGGUACUAUCGAUGACCAUGCAUCUAAAGCUUUUGUGGAAUUGCAAAAGCAUCAGCUUGCAGUAAGAAGAGCUGUUGUUGAGUGGCUAGAAAUUAUCAAACGACCAGAAGCUUCCAAUGAAUUAGUGACAAAGAUUCAUCAAAUUUCACGAUUUCUACCCGAUCCUAUGAAAGUGCAGGAGUUUUUACAAAAAUUCAAUGGACAUAUGAGAAAAGAUUCAGCAUUAUUACAAGGAAUGGAAACUAUCGUUCAACCUAAUGUUUCCUGUAAGGAGUGUGCAGAUACAAUAAGUUUAGUCUUGAAAAAAUUGGGACAACCGGUAAUGACUAACUUAUAUUACAAUACAAUCAAAAUGUUAUUGGAAAGAGUAAGCUCUGUCAUGAUCGAUGAAGAAGCUAUCAGAGUUUUGAUAGGAUACGUAUUAGAUUGUUUAAAAGGAGGUAAUGUAAUAGAAGAAGUUGGUCUUAAUCCGAAUAAUGCUGGAGAAAAGGGUUUGAGAUUGUUGGUUAUGUUGUCUUUUGUCUUUGGUCCGCAUUUUCUUCAUGAAGAUAUUCUAAUGCAAUUGGUACAUUUUCUAAAAAUCGAGGAUGAAAUGGUAGGACCACUCGUCCUAUCGAUCUUUACAUUUUUAGGAAAAUAUAAACCUUUAUGCGAGGUAGCACCUGAUAUUAUGAAUCUAAUGGUACCAAUCUGCAAAAAUUUUGCUGAAACAGGAACCCCGAAACAAGCUAAGCAAGCUGUUAGGUGUUUAUUCGUUAACAUGACCAAUAUUCACGAUAAAAUUUUUCCAGAAAUCAUUGAAAGAAUUAAAAUGACAUUAACACCUACAUCAGAGUUCUAUCGAACUUCUAUAGUUACAUUAGGUCACAUAGCAUAUAAUUUGCCUGAUAAAUAUCAAGUACAAAUAAAAAAUAUGGUGUCGAGAAAAAUUGUUAAGGAAUUGCUCGUGAAAGAAAGUACUGAACAAACAGCUGAUACCAUUGAAGGAGAAUGGUGCCGCGAAGAUCAACUUCCCGAGGAAACGCGUUGUCGACUAGAAGGUUUAAAGUGUAUGGCACGUUGGUUGUUGGGUUUGAAAACAGAUGUUUUGUCUGCACAGAAAACGUUUAGGAUGUUAAAUGCAUUUGUUGUAAAUAAGGGUGAUCUCUUGCAACAAGGACGGUUAAGUAAAGCUGAGAUGAGUUGGUUACGGUUACAAGCUGGUUGUUCAAUGUUAAAAAUUUGCGAACAGAAAGGUGUUGGCGAUCAAUUUACAGCCGAACAAUUUUAUAAUCUUUCCCAGCUUAUGGUGGACGAGGUUCCUCAAGUUAGGGAAGCUUUCGGUAGUAAACUACAUAAAGGACUUGGUAGAGGAAUACCAAACAAAUGUUUACCAUUAGACUUUAUGGGAUAUUAUGCUUUAGCCGGUAAAGAGCAGGAUAAAAGAUUGAAAUGUUUAUUGAAAACAUAUAUGCAAACUGAUAUAAACAAAAGAAGAGAUUACGUUAAAACGUUGUCGUUGGGUACUGUAGAACGGGCUAUGGGUCAACUACCGCACAUUUUGCCUGAUUAUAUGCUAGUUUUUGCAGUUCCCAUUUUAGCUCAUGAUCCUGAAUUCACGAGUCAUUUACUAGUUAGUCAGUUAAAAAUCAUACAACAAUGUCUAUGGUUUAUACUUGAGCCACUUAUUACAAAGAAUGAGUAUUACUGUUAUGGGUUUUAUAAAAACCUUAUAGAACGUAUGAAAAGUCAUAAAGAUGCAUUGAAACCGGAAGACAACAAUAUGAAUUAUAAAUUAUGGGCCGUAUGUGAUAUAGCUAUGAACGUAAUAUAUUCUAAGACAACUAAUUUUGAUAUGAAAGAAUUUCCAAGCGAAACACGCAUACCAACAAUGUACUUUAAACGUACGGACGAAUUAGCUAACACAAAAAAUUAUCUACCAACAGAAAUGCAAAUAAAUAUGACCAGUAGUAAAGGUAAAAGUACGUUACAUAACGUACACACAGUAAAUGAAAGACCACAACGCAGGGCUAAAUCUAAACAACAAAAAGAAGUUGGUAUUGGUCCUAAUGAAACUGAUGCAAGGCUGCAAAUUGGAGAAGUUGAGUGCAUUGAUGCGCAGCCUGCUGAAGCAUCCGAAACUAGGAUUCAAUUACCUGGUUUGGAAGAGGAAAUCGAAGAGCCUCCUGCAAAAAGGGCAUUAAGGGAAUCAGAUAAAGUAAAUAAAUAAUUAAGUGAUCGAACUCUGUAAUCAAGAAAUGGGAAGAGGCGGGCAUGUGGGUGGGGGGUUGGGGGUUAACAGAAGUUUUCGAAAAGACUUAAGAAACACGAUUAUACUGUAAGAAUAAAAGAAUC